AUGAGCAACCUACCACGUAAUAAAAUAGAUUUUUAUGGUCAUAUAACCGAUCUUGACGGUGUUCGUGGUGAAUUGAAAACUGUGGCUGCCAUAAAAAAUCGGCCUGAACCAAUUUUACCUGAUGAAGUACGCAGUUUUCUCGGUUUAACGGAUUACUACAGUCGUUUUGCAAAGAACUAUGCAGAAACGGAUUGUCUCCUUAUGUGUUUAACGGAGAAAAAUAUAGAAUCUGAGUGUUCGGAUAUUCGUCACAAACCAUUCGAUGCUCUGAAAGAUACAAUUUACUCAGCACCUGUAUUAAAACUGCCAAACAUCGGCAAAUUCCGGUAA